GGACGGUUACCCCACCGGGUCAGCAGUGGUCCAGAGUUGGGGGUGCGGGGUUCGACAUGCAGAGCACUGACCUGGGCAACAAGGAGAGCGGCAAGAUAUGGCACCGCAAGCCAUCGCCAGCCACUCAGAACGGUUGGGAAAAAAACUCCAGGAGGUGAUGGGAACAAAGAAGGCAAUGCGCAUCUACCUCUCCAAAAGCCGAAGCUCUCCAUCCUUAAGUCAUUACAUUGCACACAUCUGUAAUGUUGAGAGCCUAGUGUGGGCCAAGCACGCUUUUCACUAUGGAACAACGCUAGAACAAACAUAUUCUGCAGUUGCACAGAAGAGUGUGUGUUGCGGGGGCUAUCAGCGAUGCAGGAACUUUUACUCGCCUGUGCUUCUUUUCCUUCGGUUUGGAGUUAGACUGCUGGAUUUGAGACUCAGCCUCUUGUGUGACGUCAGUGGGAGUCUUUGCCUCCGUGAUACAUUUGUUUUGGUUCCCAUGGUGCCUGCCUAAGUGAUCUUGGUGUUUCUGAUUACCUAGGCCUGCGUGGACUGCAUGGUAUCACUCGAGUUCUUGUCUUGAGAAUUAUAGUGAACGUUGUGCACAGCACUUCUGAAUACCAUCCAAAAGUCUUGCGGUUUUUGAAUGUGGCUUUUGAUGGCUCAGGUGAUUCCUUCAUUGCUGGGGACCAUCAGGGAAACAUCUAUGUUUUUGACUUGCAUGGAAACAGUCACCAAAGAGCUGGUUAGCUGGAUGAGAGGACAUGAGUCGUCAGUGUGUUCCAUUUCUGUGCAUGCAUCUGGGAGAUAUGCCAUCACUACUUCCUCUGACACAGCUCAGCUCUGGGACCUGGAUACUUUCCAGAGGAAAAGAAAGCUGAACAUUCUCCAGUCCGUGGGGAUACAGAAGGUUUUCUUUCUGCCGUUAAGUAACACCAUCCUCAGCUGUUUUAAAGACAACUCCAUCUUUGCCUGGGAAUGUGAUACUCUGUUUUGCAAGUACCAACUGCCAGGUCCACCUGAAGGCUCUAGCAUCUUAUACAAAGUGUUUGCUGUGACCAGAGAUGGCCGAAUCUUAGCUGCUGGAGGCAAAUCCAAUCACCUGCAUCUGUGGUGCUUGGAGGCCACACAGCUCUUCAGAAUCAUUCAGAUGCCUAUGAAGGUUCGAGCUGUUCGCCAUCUGGAAUUCCUGCCUGAUAGCUUCGAUGCCGGUUCCAAUCAGGUUCUUGGUGUGCUAAGUCAAGAUGGGAUUAUGAGGUUUGUCAACAUACAGACUUGUAAACUCCUCUUUGAAAUUGGGACUGUUGAAGAAGGAAUUAGCUCAUCAGUAAUUAGCCCACACGGUCGGUACAUAGCAUCUAUUAUGGAAAAUGGAAGUCUGAAUGUAUAUUCAGUUCAGGCUUUAACACAAGAAAUAAAUAAGCCUCCUCCUCCUCUAGUUAAGGUGAUUGAAGAUCUGCCCAAUAAUACAGCGAGUUCCAGUAGUCUUAAGAUGAAAAUAAUGCCAGGAAGAGUACAGCGGCCAGCAAGAUGUAAAGAUAGCAAAAUUCAAACUAGAGUACUCAAACAAGACCUGACUGGGAACUUAGCAAACAAGGAGAAUGAAUUGUCAGAAGGAUUAAAUAAAAAGCGCUUACAAAUCUUAUUAAAAGGCUAUGGGGAAUAUCCAACAAAAUACAGAAUGUUUAUUUGGCGUUCUUUACUACAACUACCUGAAAAUCACACUGCGUUUAGUAGCUUGGUGGAUAAAGGAACUCAUGCGGCUUAUCUCAACCUUCAGAAGAAAUACCCCAUCAAAAGUAGAAAACUACUGAGAGUAUUGCAAAGAACCCUCUCUGCAUUAGCUCACUGGUCUGCAAUCUUCAGUGAGACACCGUACCUUCCACUCUUGGCAUUUCCGUUUGUUAAGUUAUUCCAGAACAAUCAGCUCAUCUGUUUUGAAGUUAUUGCUACUCUCAUAAUCAAUUGGUGUCAACAUUGGUUUGAGUACUUUCCUAAUCCUCCCAUCAAUAUUCUUAGUAUGAUAGAAAAUGUUUUGGCAUUUCAUGACAAGGAACUGCUACAGCACUUCAUAGAUCGUGAUAUAACUUCUCAGGUGUAUGCCUGGCCUCUCCUGGAAACGUUGUUCUCAGAAGUGCUGACAAGAGAGGAGUGGCUUCGGCUAUUUGAUAAUAUCUUCUCCAAUCACCCUUCCUUCCUCCUGAUGACAGUGGUGGCCUACAGUACCUGCUCAAGAGCACCCUUGCUCAAUUGUACUCUUAAGGAUGAUUUUGAGUAUUUUUUUCACCAUCGGAAUAACCUGGACAUAAAUGUUGUAAUUAGAGAAGUGUAUCAUCUCAUGGAGACCACGCCUGCUGAUAUUCAUCCAAAUAGCGUGCUGGAUGCUUUUGUUGCACUAACAAAAGGGCAGUACCCUAUAUUUAAUCAAUACCCAAAGUUCAUUGUGGACUAUCAGACACAGGAACGGGAAAGGAUAAGGAAUGAUGAACUGGAUUUCUUGAGAGAGAGGCAGACAGUUGAAAAUAUGCAAGCUGAAGUAGAUGAGCAGAGAGCUAAGGAUGAGGCAUGGUACCAGAAGCAAGAGCUGCUCCGCAGAGCUGAGGAGACAAGAAGAGAGAUACUUCUUCAAGAGGAGGAGAAGAUGGCCCAGCAGAGACAAAGACUAGCUGCUGUGAAAAGGGAACUGGAGAUAAAGGAAAUACACUUACAGGAUGCUGCAAGGAGACGUUUACUGAAGCUUCAGCAAGAUCAACGUGAAAUGGAGCUGCGCAGGCUGGAGGAUGAAAUUGGGAGAAAGGUCCAAAUGAGAGAUCAAGAGAUUGCUGCCACAGCCAAAGACCUGGAAAUGAGGCAGCUGGAACUCGAAGCUCAAAAACGGCUUUAUGAGAAGGAUCUUACAACAAGUCAAGAGGCUAUUGCAAAGGAAAUUCGAGAGGAUACAGAUGCCCAUAGGCGGAAAGUGGCUCUCGAAGAGCACAUGUUCCAGAAGCUUCUAGAAAACAGCCAGAGGGGGAGCAGAAGGGCUCAGAGGGUAAUGGAGGACAAUUUGGCAAAAGCUGAGCAAGCCUGCCUGAAUGCCGACUGGCAGAUUCAGACUUUACAUAAGCAGAAGUGUGAGGAUCGACAGCGCAGCGAGGGCUACUACGAAGUCGCCACUCUCCUCCGCAAGAACAGACAAAAAGAAGUCCAAGUGUUAAAUGCGAUGAUGGAGGAGGAGGCUAAGAAGUGGAAGGAAGCCGAAGAGAAAGAAUUCCAUUUACAAUCAGAAAAGAAAGCCUCUGCCCUUUCAGAUGCUUCUAGAAAGUGGUUUUUAAGGCAGGAGACGAGUGCAGCUCUGGAACAUGAAGAAAUGCCUUGGUUGCAAAGGCAACACAUGGACUCAGCCCAUCUGCCUCAAACCUCACGAUUAAACGAUGUUGCUGACAAGGAUCCCUCAACACACAUUUUUUCAAGAAAUAAACCAAUAGAAUGGAACUCCACAGAACACGAUCUUCUCAAGAGCGUGCGAAAUCUUCGCAGGAGACUCGCAGCCCGGGCUCGGAGUAGCUGUGGGCCCCCUCGUCUUUUGGUGACAUAGGCAUUUCACCCUGAAACAGUCAGAGAUACCUUUUUUAAAUCAAUGGCACUGAUUUUUUUCAAUUAUUUAUUCUAAUUUUUUUAUAAAGAUCAGCCUUUUGUAUAGAGAAAUAUGUCUAUAAAAUUAUGUUUUCUAUUGAAUUAUAAUGCUUUGGCUUGUAAAGGGCUUCUGGAAUCUUUCACAAUAAAAAUUUUUGGAAACUA